AACCUGUUGAUUUAUCCAAUUAUCCUGGGAAAAAGCUUCUAAUGUGGUGGAAGAACUUUAGUAAAAGGGGUUCCAAUAUGCAAAUGCUGAAGAUAUUCCUCCUAAUGGUAUAAGGGAACAUGCAAGGACAGCUUUUAUCAGGUGGGACGUCCUAGACCAAAAAUCAACUUGAUCAACUCUGAUAAGUCUGAUAAGUUUUCUCAUUGUCUGGAUGAUCAGACGUAAUAUUGAAAGGGUCCAAUAACGAGUUCUAUUGUGGUUUAUUGUCAUGAUGUCAUCUAGUUGGUUGAUGUGUGGGUCAAUCUUGUAGGUGGGAACCAUCAACCAUCUGAAAGUGACUCCCAUCCCCAUAGAUGAGAUCUGCGGCCAUUGGUUUGUUGCCUUUAAUAGUUUACCUUGAGUCGUCUUGUUCUUAAAUGCUUUCCAGCCUGAUUGAACUUAGGUUAAAUGUCUCCUUUAGUCAACUAACCUUAUCAAAGAAAUGUCACAAUUGUGAACUCUGAAACUGUACGCCUGGCUUGUGAAUUUUAGAAAUGUCACAAUUUAAGAACCAACUCAUGAACAUUCUCACUCCUGGCUUGUGAAUUUCAGGUUCUGAUUCAAGAUUAAGGUUAUGGGAUAUUGACUCUGGUUGUAACACACUUGUGAACUUCGAAACUGUACGCCUACAAACUAGCAAGGCAUUACAGCUUGCAAUCACUCAGAAUUCAUCCCUUGUGUUUGUUCCAUGCAUGAGUGCUGUCAAAGCAUUUGACAUGUGGACUGGUCAGACAUCUUCAACAUUUCGUGGCCACUAUGAAUAUGUGAACUGUUGUUGGUUUAGUUCACAGGAUCAGUCCUUCUUGCAGGAAUUGUACACAGGCAGUAAUGAUAGACAAAUUCUAGUAUGGUCCCCAUCCAAAUCUAUAGUUACCGAGGAUGAAGGGAGCAUGAAAGGGCAGAGACCUACAUUGGAUUGCGAUUAUUGGAGUGACUGAAGAUUGAAUGUGGUCUUCACCAACUGUUGUAUAUAACCUUCUUAUUCUGUUAUUUUCCAUCAUCAUGAAUCUGGAUUUAAACAAUAGUAUGACUUAUACCCCUUUGCACAGAAUUUUAAAACAAUGAAACAAGUAAAAAAACAAUGCAUUAAGGCAGGUUCCAAUUAGAGCUUUCCUUCA